AUGACCAAACACGGGUGUCUGAAGGUCAACGUCAUAUUCAACGGGGAAUUCGUAGCGGACGUUAAGACCGACGUGAAGAAUCUGAAAAGGAUUGGAAAAUUCGAACGUCAGAACGACGUAUCGAUCAACGUGUUUACAACUCGGGAAGCAAUUGAAAAGAAAGCUAAGUUCGGCCGAGGCGCCGACCACAACGCGAUCGUGCCUCUGCGGUUGACUGACGAUAAGCGGGACAGGCACGUAAAUCUGCUGUAUCUGUGCGAUACGCUGCGCGGCGUCAACAGGGGCCAUUUCGCCUGGAUAAAGAAUCUGUCGCGAUUGGUGAAUUCGCAAUUGACAGCGAAACGGUACGCGAAGCACGUUUGCGAUCGAUGUCUACACUAUUUCUAUACGCGCGACAAGUUGGCCGCCCACAGCGUCGACUGCGGCCGAAUGAACGACUGCGCCGUCGUUCUCCCGAACGAGAGCGACAAGUGGCAGUCUUUCGACAAUUACGACAGAAAGGAGCGACUUCCCUUCGUGGUGUACGCGGAUCUGGAGUGUCUUCUCGAACGACGGGAGAGGGAAAACGUCGAGAGGGGCCCGAGAACGGAAAGAUACGCUUAUCAACGUCACGUACCGUUCAGCCUGGGCUACUAUCUGUGCUGCACCUAUGACGAUACCGCGUCCGCGUACAGAUAUCGUCGCGGCGAAGAUUGCGUUUCGUGGUUCGUGAACGAGCUUCGCGUUCUCGCGCGUCGCGUUAAGAAUAAAUUUUCCACCAAUAUAGCGAUGGUGGAACUUACGGAGGACGAGAAAAACGAAUUUCUGCUCGCGAUUCAUUGUCACGUGUGCGGGAAACCGUUUCAACCGGAGGACAAGCGCGUGCGGGAUCACUGUCACCUAACCGGACGUUACAGAGGUUACGACGCGCACUUCGUCGUCGAGAAAAUCGCGAACGAUUUCGAGGGCGGGGUCGAUCUGCUGCCGCUCACGAAGGAAAGCUACAUAUCUUUCUCGAAGACCGUUAAGGAGACGCAGACGGACGGGAAGUGGGAUCGGUACGUGAGGCUUCGAUUCGUGGACUCGUAUAAAUUUUUAGCGGCGAGUAUCAAAACCCUGGCGUCCUAUCUGAACAGGGACAAGCUGAGAAUCACGCGUUCGGAGUACGCGGAUUUGAGCGCAGAGGAUCUCGAUCUGCUCACUCGCAAGGGUGUGUUUCCGUACGAGUACGUCGACGGCGCGGACAAACUGUGGGAUACCGAGCUUCCGCCGCGCGAGGCCUUUUACAGCUCCCUGACCGACGAGACCGCGAGCGAGAGCGACUACGAGCACGCGACGAGGGUCUGGCGACGUUUUCGCGUGCGAGAUCUCGGCGAGUACAGCGAUCUGUAUCUCAAGACCGACGUGCUUCUUCUGGCGGAUAUAUUUGAAAAUUUUCGGGACGCGUGUUCGGCGAGUUACGGGCUCGAUCCCGCGCAUUACUACACGUUGCCGGGGUACACGUGGGACGCCAUGCUGAGGUACACCGUCGUGCGUUUCGAGCUGCUCACCGACAUCGACAUGGUGCUGUUCGUGGAACGCGGAAUACGCGGCGGCCUCAGUCAAUGUUCGCUCAGGUACGCGCGAGCCAACAACAGGCACGUACCGACGCACGAUUCGUCCCAGCCCACUACGUAUCUCAUGUAUUACGACGUGAACAAUCUGUACGGUUGGGCUAUGAGCGAAUCGUUGCCCUACGCGAAUUUCCAGUGGCUCGACAAUCCUGAUAAUUUCGACGCGACGACCGUGCCGACGGACAGCGACGUCGGUUACAUUUUGGAGGUGAAUCUCGAGUACCCGCGAGACCUGCACGACGCUCACGCGGAUCUGCCGUUGUGCCCGACGCGCGACAAACCGCCCGGCAAGCGACAGGAAAAACUACUCACCACUCUCUACGACAAAUCGCGCUACGUGACGCACUAUCGAAACCUGCAGCAAUGUCUGCGACUAGGUAUGCGUCUGACGCGCGUUCGUCGCGUUCUGCGAUUCGCCCAGUCGCCGUGGCUUCGCGUCUACAUCGAGCUGAACACCGCGCUUAGGACGCGCGCGAGCAACAAGUUCGAACGGAAUUUGUACAAACUGAUGAACAACGCCGUCUUCGGCAAGACUAUGGAGAACGUGCGCGAUCACGUGGACGUGCGUCUCGUGACGCGAUGGGACGGGAGAUACGGCGCGGAGGCGUUGAUCGCUAAGCCGAACUUUCACAGCAGGAGCGUCUUCUCGGAGAAUCUGGUGGCGAUCGAGCUGCGAAGGCUCGAGGUACAAUUGAACAAGCCGAUCUACGUGGGUAUGUCUAUUCUUGACAUAUCCAAGACGCGUCUCUACGAGUUUCACUACGACUACAUGGUGCCGCUCUAUCGCGACCGUUGUCGAAUUGCCUACACGGAUACGGACAGUCUGAUCUAUUCGCUGGAGUGCGAAGACGUGUACGAGCGUAUGAAACGCGACGUGCACAGGUUCGACACGAGCGAUUACGCUGAGAACAACGCGCACGGUAUGCCGCGCGUCAACAAGAAGGUGCCAGGUUUGAUGAAGGACGAGAACAACGGCGCGAUCAUGACGGAGUUCGUGGGCCUCAGAGCGAAGAUGUACACUUACAAGGUACUCGGACGCGACGACACCAGGAGAAUAAAGGGCGUCAAGAGAAACGUAGUCGCGAAGAGGAUCACGUUCGAGGAUUACGUGGAGUGUCUGCGGAACGCGCGCGAGCUGAAGACGCGCCAGUCGUGCAUACGCUCGACGCUGCACGAGGUUAACACCGUGUCGGAGCAAAAACUAGCCCUCAGUCCGCACGGCGACAAGCAAUACGUGACGUCGAACGGCGAGGAGACGCUUCCGUGGGGACAUUACAAAAUACCGUUGUAA